CUUUUGCUUAACAAGCGGUGCAAUUCAAGCGACCAACCUACGGUUUUAUCGCAACAUGACGUCACGUGUCCGCCACAAAGCUGCAGCCACCAAUGGAAGUGACUUUAAACACAGAGAGAAGGUGGCUCCACAAUACCAAAUGAGUGCGUCCCUGAAGUCCGAAGUCCGGCGCUUGAACAUUGUCCACCUACUGAUCUGGCUGCUGGUGGCCGCCCAAGUGGUAGUCAGUCACCUCAACCUGGUGCCACACGAAACCGUCUCCAUGCCGUACCAAUGGGAGUACCCUUACCUCCUCAGCGCGGUCCCCUUGCUCUGCAGCAGCCUGUCCCUCCCCAGGAACAACAUCAGCUACCUGGUCUUGUCCAUGAUCAGCGGGGGACUCUUCUCUGUGGCGCCGCUCAUCUACGGCGGCAUGGAGAUGUUCCCCGUGGCGCAGCAGCUGUAUCGCCACGACAAAGCCUACCGCUUCAUUUUCGGGUUCUCCGCCGUAACGGUCAUGUAUUUGGUCAUGGUGGUGGCCGUCCAGGUGCACGCGUGGCAGCUGUAUUACAUGAAGAAGCUGCUAGACUCGUGGUUCAACGCCACGCAAGAGAAGAAGAAGAAAUGAUGGGAAAAAAGAAAAAUACUUUAGGAACUGUAUUAUUUUCUACAGUUUUUCCUUACCCGUAUGUGGGCUCUGUACCGAGGAUGUCGUUGUGGCUUGUGCAGCCUUUUGAGACACUUGUGAUUUAGGGCUAUAUAAAUAAACAUUGAUUG